AUGAUUGGUCAGGAUAGAAACAGCGCCUACAGUACUGCCCGGUGUGUUCAGGGUGCACAGGGGUCUGGAUGGACAGGACGAGAUGUAUUCCUCCUUGUCCCACAGAAUGAGAUGUUAGCUAAAAAAUUCAAUCUGCAGGCAACUACUGUGAAGGUGAUGCUGAGAGUAUCCGAUGGCAGCCACGAACCAGCGCCCCGCGAAGACUCCCCUGCGAGCCCGCUUUCGAGGACUUCCCAGGCGGGCUCCGACGCCUCGCCCGCGUCGCCUGCCGCCGCCCCCGCCCCCGCCCCCGGCCCCGGUCCAGCGACCAGCGACGGCACCGAGGAGAACGGGCGCGCAGGCAGCCACGACGGCGCCUCCGCGGCCGCGGCCGCCGCCACGUCCUCCUUCUUCAGCGUGGACGCGCGCCGCAAGCAGGUCACCCUGUUCGACCCCGCGGCCUGCGGCGGCUCCUCCGCCCCGGAGGACCGGCGCAUCGGCGUCACCGCGCCCAAGAUGUUCGCCUUCGACGCCAUCUUUGCGCAAGACGCUUCCCAGACGGAGAUCUGUUCAAGCGCACUGAUCGACGUCAUCCAUGCGGUCAUUAACGGAUCCGACGGCUGUCUUUUCUGCUUUGGGCAUGCCAAACUUGGGAAAACAUACACGAUGUUGGGCAGUCCUCAAUCUGUGAACACGCUCGGGGUCAUCCCCUGCGCAAUAUCGUGGUUGUUCUGUGGCAUUAAUGAACAGAAGCACAAAACCGGAGCGCGCUUCUCAGUCCGUGUAUCUGCAGUGGAAAUUGAAGGAUCCUCUCAUAAACUAAGAGACCUCUUAGCUGAUUACGUCUCAGAAAAAGAACCAUCGUCUGGCGUGUAUUUGCGAGAUGAUCCUCUCUUUGGAACGCAACUGCAGAAUCAAAGUGAAAUACGAGUACCUAGUGCAGAGAAAGCAGCUCUUUAUCUAGACGCCGCUCUUAAUAGCCGGUCAUCUGAGGACGGAAAAGAUUCCCAUUUUCUAUAUACUCUACACGUUUACCAGUACAGUGUGGGAGGAAAAGGUGGAGUUGCAGGAGGUCGCAGCCGUCUCCAUCUGAUUGAUUUGGGCAGCUGCGAGCGCGGGAAGACCAGCAGCGGCAUUCCAUUAUCCGGUUUGGGAAAUGUUCUCCUUGCGAUAUUCAAUGGACAGAAGCAUCUGCCAUACAGAGAGCACAAAGUUACACAGCUGCUGAAGGAAUGCUUGGGUUCCUUGACGUGCCAUGCUGCCAUGAUCGCUCACGUCUCACCCUACGCUCAACAUUACACGGAUACGCUUGCAACAGUGCAGCUGGCAUCUCGUAUUCAUCGCAUGAGACGGCGUAAAAUAAAGUUGUGGAGUGGUUCUUCCGGGUCAGGCGGAAGCUCGGGCGAAGAAGCGGUCCGCCUGCAAAUGCAAGAAAACGAGUGCUCGACCGGCAGCAGCGACGUGGAGCCAUCGAGCAGCGAGCAGUCUGCGGAUACAGUCAUUUACGUGGGGCCGUCUGAUGACGCCACUGACGGGGAGCAUCCCCCGGUGUACAUACCAAGCCUUAACUCGGGAGACUACCGUUGUGCCAUAGGAAGAGCGUUUCCCAGCUCAUGUGCAGAACACAGAUCCAUGUUUGGCUGUCCUCGAAAUCUCUUGGAUAAAUCUUUACAAGGAGAAGUAGGGAAAGGAGUACUAAUGCAAAAAACAUUCGGUGGUUGUCUAGAAGACCAAAGUAAUUACUCAUAUUGUAAUGCCCCAUCGAAAGCAAGCGUGCAAAGUGAAUCAAGUAAAACAGGCUCUACAGGGCAUCAGUGCAGUAAUAAAACAUCACCCGUACGUUUACAAAACAAGGUAGCUGUAAGUAAAUCAUCAGGUAAUGGAAGUGAUCCGCUUUUAACCUCGGUUGGCAAAAUUCCAAAAUCAAGCAGUAAUUUAAAUGGUACGAUAUCAGGAAGUGAUGAACAAUGGAUUGAUGGUCCGAGAAUUUCCAAAUCCAAGGUAGCGGAAGCCAGAAACUUACUCAAAGACAAUCACAAGAAAAAAGAAACUUGGAUAGAUGGACCAAUGCAACAGAUGAAUGAACAUUGUGGUGUCGGCUACGGUUUUAUGGAUAGUCACAAAGAAAGUAUGAUACGCAAAUGGGUUGAAAAUCAAAGUGUUCAAAUUCAGCAAGUACAUAAGCCAGCGGUCAAGGCUCCUUCUUCUGACUCGCAUUCAUGUGAACAAUCCGUCCAAGUGCGAAGUGCGAAAGAAACAUUAGCAUCGAAGUGUAAUGUACAUAACAUAGACGAAUUGAAAUCAUCAAAGUUUGAGUUGAUAAAUAACAGUGACAUUGUAUCUAGUAAAGAACCUAUAACUUCAUUUAUUAAUUCUAACAGGACUAAAAAUUCAUUUCAGCUCGAAAAUAAGUACUUUUCGAGUGCCGAAUAUGACAUUAUUGAGAAAGAAAUCCUCCAUGAUAGUGUACAUAUGCCUAUACCUGCCACAAAUGGAUUGAAUGUUGAAACUGAAGAUGAAAGUAGACCAAGGAAUAUAAAAUCAGAUAUUGAUAAUAAUGUUGAUAAAGAAGACUGUGUUGAAGAAUCUGAGACUUUCACAUCAGCAGAACAGAUCGAUCCACAUAAUCAUAAAAUUAGCCAAGGUGCUUCAGAUGUCAAUCUAAAAAAUCUUCAGGACAUCGAGGAAUUGAGAUGUUCUAUGGAUGAUAAUGAGGUAGAAAUAAUCGAAGUGGAAGAACCUGGUGAACCUGUACCUACCCAGGAUUACUGUUUACAGGUAACAGAAGAGGAUAUAGCUUUUUCAAUGAGCGAGCUAGAAAAUUCUUUUAUAGAUGAUCAACAGAAUAGUAAAGAACAUUUACUUAACAUCUUAAGACAAGAAAGCCUAACAAUUGUCUCCACAUCUACAGAUUCUCUUUCGUCGGCCACAGAUCUGGAUCAUUCUCUUCCCGGCCAACAUCAAGGGAUAACAAUGCAUUCAAAUGACAAUACUGGGCCGAGAUCUCUGUUCAAUUUACAUAAACUUUCUGAUGACUACGUAAGCCUCACAGAUUUAGACUUGUAUGCGUCUGCUGUGAAAAAGAAACACGAAUCUGAAAAUGAUUUACAGUACUUAGUCUCAUCCGACUCUCACUUUUGUGAAUUGGCAAAGCUUCAUGACUUAUACAGGCAUAAAAUGGUCGGAAGUAGUAGUACUUUGGUAGCUGACGCGUCACAUCAGUCAACUCAAUACCAUCCUUCGUCAAGAUGUCAAUAUUUUUCGCUUUCCGAUAUGCUGCACGGCUUUAAAUUUAAGGACCAUCCAAAUACUUGUAUUGGUCUUCUUGGUAACAAUAGUUUGUUCAUGGAACCGACAUGUGUUAACUAUGUAUCAAGGGAACAAUUUAAAAUGUGUGACAACUGUAAAAAGAGAUUUACACAAAGUGCAAAAAGUAGUCCUUGGUAUCCAUAUGUUUUGCAUAAAAAUAAAAAAGAUUUGCACAGACUUUCCUUGAGUCAUGAUAAUCCUUAUCAGUUUCACAAAAAUAUUUCAAUCGAUACAUGUAAUAUUUCUUCACUGCUACAUUCCGAUCGUUCUUGUAACCUCCAUUCAAAAGAAGAAAUAAGAAAGGGAGGAUCUAUGUCUGAUUAUCGCGUCGGUGAUAAUGAAGCUUGUCAUGAAACUGCAAGAACGUUGAGAGGAAGUCAACAAGAAAACGAGACGCCUUCACUGCUGUUGUUCCCUCCCCUCUCCGCGCCGGUUUCACCACGACUUCAUCGCAAGGUGUUUAGCAAAACAUGUGCAAAAUUGAAAGAUGGAUCGAUAUGUGGAGAGGAAUUUGACAGUAUUCACGACUCACCAAGUUCUAGACCUGCCAAAGAAAGUUUUCUCUCGCAAUGGUUCGCAGGGAAGCCAAAGGCAGCUUGUGGGAGUUCGGGUUAUGAAAGUGCAAUCAGAGAUAGUUCAAGCUCAAGUUUCGGAUCUAGUCAAGACUCAGACCACGGAUCUCAGCCUGAGUUUUACGAUUCAGGGAAACUGGAAACAUCUCCUGGAACAAGUAGAAGAACUAACCUCUGCUCCCGAUCAAACAAAGUGCCUGUACUGCAAUACUGUAAAGAGGAUGUACAAAGAUUAGAAAGGCGUUGGAUAGAAGUGCAGUGUGGAAAGAUACGAGAGUUAAGAAAACAGCAAGAAGAAUUAAAAGAAGAACUUGCAGAAGCUAAAUCACGACUCCUUAUACCUGCCACCAGAUGGAGCUACGAACUUCACGUGGAGGCCAACAUGGAUCACCGAAAUCCUAGUUUUUUAGAAGCACUCCAAAGAGAAACUGAAAUUCUGCGUAAGAGGGUAUUAGCAUGUAAAUCGCAUAUUCUUAUUGUCACAUGUUUUGACUCUGUCCAAAAGUCUCCUUGUGACUGACAGGAUGGAUAUAACUUAUUAACAAUAUUCCUAGUUACAAUGUCGCACUUAAAAAUUAAUAUUUUACAGACACGCUAAGAUCAUGUUUCAUUUUCAUAAAUCAAACAUUUUUUCCUUAAAAACGUCACUCAAACAGCUUAACAUUUUAGUAACUGACAGCAAUCCCCCAACAUAGUAAAUGCAAUACAGUCGAAUCUCCAUUUAUUGAACAUCAUUAAAUUGCAAUAUAAUUUUCAGUCUCUGUAUAUCGAUUCUUUGCAUCCCGACGAAAUUUCAGUACAAAAAAGUACUUCUUCACAUCAAUGCUUUUUGUUCAUAUUUUUUUGUGAAAUGAUUUUUUAAUCAAAUACUUUCAAUAAUUAUAAUAUUAUUCUAAGAAAUCUAAUAUAAUUCUAGAAUAAUAUUCUAAUAUAAUUAGAAUAUUAUUCUAAGAAAUUACGUUCGGUAUUCAGUGAUGGAGAUAAACAUUCUAAAUGCAUUACAGAAAUGCUAUACCCAAUAAAUAUAAUGAAGAGGAUAGUGGCGAAGAGAGAACGACUGUGAUAAAAUCAGUAUUAUCAGCGCCUGAAAUAAAUUAUCAUUCAUUUUGACUGAAAGAAAAUGUGCCUGGUUAUUUUUUUCUGUGACGAAAUGAAUACAAAAGUGCCUCAAGCAAACUACUUAAAAUUACUCAUUUCUAACUAAUAGAUUCCACAAGACACGUGUACACGAUCCUUCGACAUUCAAUAUACGUUACAAAAAUAUGCCAAUUUUGUACGAUUUGUGACGUCAUCAACACAAACCCCACAAAUAUACUACUUGUGGUUAGGGAAUUACACCACAGGAGUACAUCAAACAGAGUUAAGAUGAAAAAUUUAGCAUUUUGUAGAUUAUGCAAUCCGUAAAAGACGUCACAUCGUGCGCAACUCGAGAACGGUCGCUCUAAACCCUGAAAAAUUUAACGGAAAGCCGAGUGGCGAGAGUGAAAUGUCUCGACAGUCAUGCAACGACUAAAAGAUCAGCCACAAAUAUGUCCUGUCAAACUCUGUGAAUUUGUUUAGUAUUUUUGAACACGUCGAAUGGACCAUCUCUGGUUUUCUAUUCUGUCUUCCAUUAAUUUGAGAGCAACAUUUAUAAACAGGUUAAAAUUACUUCUCAAUUAGCCACAGCGAAUGACAGACAACCUCUAGGUGACAAUGGAAGAGGCAUGGAUGGGAGACAUCAGUAGUAAGUGAAAUCUAUUUCCAGAAACUUCAUUUCGUUCCUGGACGCCAUCCGAUAUGAAAUGGGAUUACUCGAAAAAGGGUUAUUGAAUUGGCGUGUCUCAGUGCUUUCAAAGGUUGGUGUCACUUCCAACCGAUGAACAGUGUUCACUUCAUGGGGAACAAUGAAAUUUGUACCCUUCAAAACUUCUCAUACAAACUUUUGAACACCUUCUAAACAAGAAUUACAAUCAAGAACGGGAAUGGAAAUACAAUGAGAUUUCGUUUGAGAAUCGGUACAUUCUUUAACUGUUCUAUAGUAGCAUUAUUACUAUAGUUCUGCACGGAAGCGUGAGCAAAGGCACGUUUUCUCUCUGAGACAGAAUUCUCCAGAAUAAUAAUUUGCGCAAUUCAAAAAUGGGGUAGCCAUAACACAAAAAGUUGGGAGAGACAGACCCUAAAACAAUGAUGAAGUAUACCUAGACUGAAAGUUUCAUUCAAGAAAUACAAAAAUAUAAUUCAUAAAAUACAAUGCACCGAAGAAUUAGUGAAGUGAGAGGAAUAAUAUGCUUAUAUCUGGCACUCAAGAGUAAAUGGCAAGAGGAUGUAGCAAGUCUCGACGCUUGUUGUUUCAAGGGCGUAAGUAGGGUAAAAUAUUAGUUCAUAGAGGUGGGCAAGGACCUCGUGCUUCUCAUGCCGGCUACAUUCAUGCCAUGUCUGUGUUAUUCUACAGUUCCAGAUGGUCUACGAAAAAGAGAACAAUUCACGAAGAAAAACAAUAAGCUGGACGAAAUAAAUAAUAAAAAUGUACUUUAAAAAAAUGACGAAUAACAGAAAUGACUGCCUAACGGCAACCUCAGUGCAGAUCUGCUUUCCCCGCAUACAGUCAAUACCUGUAUGUACACAGCAAAUUCGAUUCAACGAUUUGAUUUAUGCCAGCUAGUGCGUUGUUGAUAUUCGCAGUGAAUGGCAUUGCGUUGUACACGUAAUGUAGUAAACGCAAUUUAAAAGAAAAGGAGCAAUAAUAAAAGCAAACUCAUAUUUCAACAUAACGAUUUUUCUGAAUACUCGUGUAAUUACAUCCAAGGACAAGAUAAUGUAAAUGCAUGGAGAUCCGACUGUAUUAACACAU